UUUCUCUGUUCUCUCGCUUGACUCCUGCACCGCUUGUUUCUCCCAGCCGCCGAUGAUCUGCCCCCUGUAUUUCCCCCAAGAACGCGAUCGUGGAGUGGAGAUUAACUACCCAGUGUUCUCAAGCCCGUUCAUAAAGCUGACCAUGUCCCCAGCCGUCAAGGUUUCACAAGAGGCAACACCAAGAGCAAUCAGAACCUCAAGGCGCAAUAUAACGGCUCUCAAUCACCUAGCCUUCAACAAGCGCCUCCUAUGCCUACUAUGCCCAAUUCACCUUCUCCGUCCUCCAACUUUAGUCAAGAGGGGAUCUAUCAAGAACAAGAACCGAAGAAGUUUAUGAACGAAAAAUAUGCAAAGUGCUCGGUGAAGGGCAACUUCCUCACUCUUGCUGCACAGCCGAAGAAUGUCGAAUUAGGGGAGUGGCUGGCCCACCAAUUGGUAGAAAUGAACAGACUCCUUACCGCCAUGAUCCAAGUCAUUCAAGAAGCAGAUUCCAACACUGGCGUGCCGUUGUGCAAUGAAGUCGGCUGCCCCACAAUGUCGGCUGGACGACUUACUUACACCUGGCUCGAAAAUGGUCGACCAGCCAAGAUCCCCGCACCUUCGUAUAUCGUUCGAGUUCAGAGGUGGAUAGUUGGCAAGAUUCAUGAUGAGAAGACCUUCCCAACCACCCCACCUCCAAAUGUUGCCAACACUGCCUUCGCGUCUGGAGAUGUUGAUUCAACACCAAAUUCAGCACAAACCCCCAUCGCGGCCGGUCCGACAAAUCUCAACCAAUCCUUGACUGCCCUGGCUGGAACUCAGAAUGAAUGGAUUGGCAAGUCGUCAGGCUUCCCUCAGCACUAUCACCAAGAUGUCAAGAGCAUCAUCAAACAGAUGUUCCGAUGCUAUGCUCAUCUGUACCACAACCACUGGGACAAUCCGUUCUGGCACAUCAAUCGCCAUUUGGAACUGAACAGUUGUUUCGUGCACUUCAUCACGGUGGCAAUGUACUACGACUUGUUGCCAAAGAAGGACAUGGAACCUCUACAAGAUCUCAUUGACAUCUUCAUCAGCCAAGGCGUUGUGCCCAAGGAAGCCGUGCAACAGCAUGUCAGCUAGACUAUCAGCAAUUGCCAGAAAAUUGUUCAAUGAAAUGUUUCAGUCACGACGAUCGAUCAAGGAAUCAUAUGACGUCUACGGCAAGGCCACGAAAGCAAGUGCAUGCAUUUUAGCGAUGAUCAGGGCGUUCUUGAGGCAAGGGCAAUGAAUUCAAUGGCCUAGUAUACAUGGCCGCAAAAAUCAAAAAUUGAUGUGGUUGUGGUAUGGGUAUCCAGAAAAGAGAAAGCAUACUAUAUAAGCUGCGUCACGAUUGUGAGCUCUGGCAGACAUAAGUAGGUCAUGUACCUCACGUUGUUGCAUCUGCUGCGACAGUCUAUCUAUUGAAAAGGUGGCGACUUCGGGAGAAUGAGCAAAGUUUCGGUGGUGAUACUUGAUACCUGAAUAGAUUUUCACGCAGAACAAUCAAGUCCAAUCGUACGUCGGCG